UCAUAUCCGUUUUCUUUUACCGGCGCCGUCCAAUUUCUUUCAUUUCGUCAAUACAUCGAUUAAGCAAAUAAUAAGUUUACACGGAUACAUAGUUAACAAUGAUAUUAUUCAUAUGUUUUGGCAUGUAUGGGUCUUUUUAUUGUAGUGUCGUAUUACUCCGGCACAGCAGAGGGCAGUAAAGAACACCCACAAAGCACGGUGCUGAUAUCUGAUUGGUCGAUUUGUCUUCAGCCUGGAACGCGGAAAACCAUGAACGACUCUUCUAAAUUGCUAUUGCAGCGUAUUGUACGACGAAUACCGGUACAAAUGCUGAAAACAACGCUGGACAAGUGGGGUCGUCUGACGGCUGAACAGCGGCAAGCUAUCGACUUUACUCAGUCAAAAUGGGCGUUAACACAAAAACUGCAGUCUUUCUGCGAGGAAAAUGAAGUGACAUUGACACGAUUAGCAGAACUCGAGAUGAUCCAUGUCAUUGAGAAUCCAAAUCAAGGGAUGUGGUACACCUUUCAGCUCCUGGAUCCAGAGGAUGAUGCUCAGUCUCUAGAGCUGUCAGAGUUCAAGCAGCAGUUUAAAUGCCACCUCAGUGAGCUUUUAAGACAAGUGUCGGUGAAAAUAAAGAAGCACACUGAUGAAGCUGUAUGGAUUCGGAUUGCGUGGGGAGGCAGCUUUUCCAAACCCAAUCACCUGAAACCAACAUAUGUUGUCCACCAUCUUCAGACUCCUUAUUUCUUUGUAAGGAAUCUGACCUCAAAGCUGAAGCCUCUCUUAUCUCAGGCUUUGACUCUGGCUACAAGACAUCAAGGAGUUAAGGAGGCUAACCUCAGUGGAAGGAAUCUUGCAUCCAUCAGAGACUUACUCAUGAGGCAGUAUCAACACGUGUUUCCCACAAAGUAUCCCAGUCCUCAUGAUGAAGAGGAUCAACCUGUAUUAAACCAGCACAUUGAAAAAGAACAAGGCCAUGUCGCUACACACAGGCGGCGCAUGGCUCGCGAGGUUUUUGGAGAUGGGACGUUACCUCAACUACAGUCUGCAGUUUAUAAGUUGGACACUAAAUUCAAAGAUCCAAGCAACAGGACCAUGACUGAGCGGGAAGAUACAUUCAAAUGUGUUGUUAAGUUUUCAAGUACCAACCUCCUGGAGUCGCUCAGAUCCUGUGCAUCUUCAGGCAUUGCCUCGGCCCCUGUUACACCCCUGCUGUCAUCCAUCCCAUUAAAAGGAAGGAAUUAUUUUGUUGUCACCGACAAUACACCUGGCCCAUCUUCACAACGUCAUUAAACACAAAACUGAUGAAUGAAAGAUCAGAUGGACCAGCACUUACCUAAUAUGCUUUAAACUUGAUCAAAUAAAUAAAAGAAAUUGGUCAGAAGAAUAAGAAAUAAACACCUUUGUUGAUAACAGUUAACCAAUUUGAUGAAUUAGUUGUCUACAAAAAAGUUUCUUCAAUCUUGCAGUCUCUACUCUUACUAAUUUUAUUACAUGUGAACUUCCAGUCAAAAUAAACACAGACUGGGAACUGUUUUAGUUAAAGUUAUAAUUGAAGAAUUGCAUACAAAUUUAAAACAGAGAAAGUAUGAUCUCCUUAAGUUAUUUGAUGGUGUUUUGAUGGACUGAAAAUCUAUGUGGAUGGUCAAAGCUGAAAGAGCAACUAGUGACAAUGGUUCAUGCAGUUGAAAAAGAACACAUUUAUUAACAAACUGUUUAUUUCUUCAUCUGUUUGUGUACAUUCAUGUAAACUUUUAUCC